AAGCUUUAACAUUAUGACAAGAUUGAAGGUUGCGGUGAACGUCCGGUGACAUACCAGGUGCUGAACGAGAACACAGCUUCUGUGUGCGCGACCAGAAGCCACGACUUGCUGCGCUAUGUGGUGCUGUAUGCCGAGCAGCAGCUGUUGUCUGGACGCCUGUGUUCUCCUGUUAUACAGCAGUUCCUCCUCACGCGCCUUAUGCUCUGGGACCAGCAAGAGAAUCUUUCACUUGUGCUACGUCUGGUGCAGUGUCUGGGCUGCGUUGAGAGCUUCACGUCAGUUGUGCUGUCAAGGCUUCUGCCCCUCAUGGCUACCGCGCCCCUGCCUACUGCCUGCGCUGUCAUCACAUGCUUCACUAACACCGCCCUCAACUGGUGUCUCACCUUCAAAAAUAAUUCUGAAAUAAUGGAAGACGAGGGCUUCGCGAUGGUUGAAGGCGUCCUGGAUUUGGCGAGGCAACUAGACAGCUGCUUCUUGGGGAGCUGCUUGGUGCACUCCCUGCACCCCAUGCUGCUGCACUGCAUCCUGUCCUUCUACCACACGAUCAAUGACUGUUGCGAAGAGCUGUCGCUGCCUCUGGUCCUGUGUCCCAGCCCUCCUCUGACGGCUCUCAUGCUGUCCACGACCGACGUUGGCAUUGUUCAUAGCCUGGGAAUUUUGUUGUCCAGACUGCCAGCCGCGUAUGAGCGCAUAAAGACGAGUACGCGGGAGAACAGCCGGCACGCCGCCUUCUGCGCGGAGGUCUUCAAACACACGUCCCAGAACAACAAGUGCCUGCAGUUGUAUAUAAACUGCGCUCACGAUUCCCUUGUGUUUGUGAACUCAACGGAGGCAUGGCGUGAAAUGUGCACGAUAUUUCUGGGUAACAAGCUGGUGCUUGCGAUGCUCGGUGCCCGUGGCCUGCGCUACAGCGGAGCAAUGGCAAGUCAGCUGCAGUGCGCGGUGCUGCGGUCACAAGCUCCGCCGCCCGUCGCAGGUCAGGCGUUCGCUGCCGAGUCCGUAGAGGUGCGUGACUACGUACUGAAGGCGCUCGCUGACAUGGGUUUGUCUGGCAUCCAGGACUUCAUUAAUUCACUCAAAGAUCCUGACUCUCCUACUGUUGAACUUGAGUCUUGACUUCAUCCAGUGACUACGUACUGAAGGCGCUCGUUGACAUGGGCUUGUCUGGCAUCAUGGACUUCAUUAAUGCGCUCAAAGAUCCUGAGUCUUCUAUUGUUGAACUUGAGUCUUGACUUCAUCCAUAUUUCGGAUGAUCUUAAUGGUAAUAGCAAAGGAAUGUGUUGAACGCUCCAAAUUUGUUUUAUUGUCUCGCAACGUUGAUGUUUUAUAUCUUGAAAUUGCACAUGUUGUAAUUUGUACUUAUUUCUUUGUAUAGCAAAGUGCACAAUUCGGUUUGUAGCUGCGUUGUGGUACGAGUUUGUACUUGUCUAAAGAUUUUUUUUAUUUUGCAUAAAUUUUCACAAGUAAUGUAGGAGCUUAACCAGAUUGACCUUACUCGACCAAACCUAUCAAACUACUAGUUAUAAUACUUAUUUCUUUUAACAACUACUGUGCUUCCCGAAGGAAUCUUUUUUAUUAAAGAUGGGUUUUGGAAUAGUUGUUGCUUAUCAAAAGCUUGUUUUCCAAUCUUCAAUCUCCGAGUUAUUUGAAGAGUUAACUAUAAAAUACUGUGAAGCAGCUCUGUUGUUGCUGUAUUUAUCAAUACUUAGCAGUAUUAUUCCUAACUGCAAACAAUGUGGAAUAACAGGAAAACUGGAAUUGUGAGAGAAUUAGUUAGCUACUCAUCACCUCGUAUAAGUAAUGAUAGCCCAUUUCUUCACAAAUUACUUUUAAUUCUUGGUUAAAUCUAUGUCUGCUUAUUUUUAGUUCUGUGAUGCUUCCUGAUUUGAUUUGAACACAUUUCAGCUGAAGUUUUGUUUCAAUACCGCUUGGUCUAUUUUUCAAGAGAUAACCUUCAUUAUUGUACUACAUAUUAAAAAGUCAGUUGGAGGAAAGGGUGUUAUUUUCUUGUCUGUGUUUUGACUGAAGGAAGCAAGAUAGACUAAACUGUUGCUCUAAUACGACAACCACUUUUUAGAUACGUAAUUAAGUCAUCAAGAUAUUUGUACAUCGCUCAGCUUUAUUUUCAUAAAUUAUUUUCUGUCAGA